CGCUAAUCGGUCCCCAACGCUGCGUUUCUGUUCAGGGUAAUCAGGGGCGGAGCUGCUAAAAGGGAUGGAUGAGGAUGUCCACCUGAAACUGCUGAUACCAUGUGUUGCCGCCGGUGCGAUCAUUGGUAAAGGAGGUGAAGCUGUUGAGUCAAUAAAACGACAGACUGGAGCGCGUUUGAAAAUGUCCAAGGCAAACGACUUCUACCCAGGUACCACCGAGCGAGUUUGUUUGAUUGUUGGCACAAUGAAGGCGUGCAUGCAGCUAAGCGACUACAUAAUGAAGAAAAUAAGUGAACGGACAGACCCUCCCUCGCCAGUCUCUCACCCAGUAUCCACCUCUACAACCUGCCUUCCGGUACACAUGGAGCGACAUAAUCAAGUGAAAAUUCUAGUUCCGAACAGUACAGCAGGUGUAAUAAUUGGGAAAUCCGGGUCUUUUAUUAAGAAGAUUAAGGAAAUGAGCGGUGCUUUUGUGCAAAUCUCACAACGUCCUAAAGGACUUAAACUCAUGGAACGCUGCAUCAUUAUCACUGGGGAUAUGGAUGAGCGGCGAUUAGCACUAUCCAUGGUCCUCUCGAAGAUCGCAGAAGACCCUGAUUCAGCCAGUUGCCCGAAUUGUUCUUAUGUGCAAAUACAUGAACCGGUCGCUAGUGCAUAUCCUACUGGGUCACCGUACGCAGUAAAUACCAAUGAGUCACAACCUUCCGUGCCUUAUGCAACAACCAAUUUACCCUACGUCGAUGCUGAUCAGAGUUGCGUUAAAAUGGAUUUGGCUCCGACAGCGCCAGUGUAUUCUCCGCUUCUCUUCGGACCCCCUAUCCAAAAUUCAGGCAGGUUAUUUCAUGCACUAUUUCAUGGUUUUCAAAACGGCAAUACGAGAAUGGUCUUGAAAUCUUGCGGUAUGAUGUUCCAAAGAAAUGGCGCACCAUUUGCCAAUCCGGCUAUUGCUAUUGCUCUGCGCAUCCAGCGCGACAAUUGUAUGGGCACCAUGUGCUUGUGUGAGGCCCGACUGCUGGAUUCGGGAUCGAAACGUGAUUUUUGUUCCACUACUCCAGGCUAUCAAGAGAUUCCCACCUUUAUUCCAGUCGAUGACACACUGCUUCCCAAUCCUUCCUACCUAACGGCUAUUGCUAACGCGAUGGGCACGUUUACUGUUACUCCUCCUCAACAUUUGUCAGGCUCGAAACUGGUUGCACUUCCCAGUCCAUACAGCCCUCCGGUCGCUUGGUUGACGACGAACACAUUCCCAUUUGGACAAUAUCAAGGGCCCAGUUCGUUGGUACCAUCUGAAUUUUUGACGCCUCCCACUACGCAGUGCGGUUCAUUGCUUCCUUCCUUGCUCGGGUUCCAAUCAGCUGACAGUUUAGCUACUACUGCUCGGACUUACGGGGUGGUUGACGACUGCUCAGCAAAUGUGCCAAACAGCACACCAUCUUCGUCUCUACCGGUCUUCAACCCGUCGGUGCAUACACUCAGGGGCCCCUCCCUUAACGGUUACACUUCAUCACAUGAUUUUACACCUCCUUUGGUGGAUGAGUGUUCAAUGACUGCCGUGUCUAGUCAUGCAAGAUACUGGAGCGGAGGUUCUACCGAUUCUGCACUUACUGAGAGCUUUGCGAGUAUUCGUUUGCACUCUUCUGUUGACGAUAGGCUCCCAGAUGGAGUCCACAGCCCAGUCACACGUCCCCAGUCUUGUUCUUUGACUACCUCGAAUUCGGCGGGUUCCACUGGUGAUCACCACCCGAGUGUUCAGUUUGGAGGGCAUUCAACAACCGUGGAUGAGACUGUCUUCAGCAAGCCUGUACUUUGUUCACCUUCUCUAUGUCAGGCUCGAAAGUCGCUGUUGGGAGACACAAGUCAGCCAGGCGCUGGGUCUCCACAGUGGGCUGAUCUUGUGAACAGUCCAAAGGAACUGGACACUGAUGGUCGAGCCGAAGAAGACACACAUGCAAUCGGUUUCUCAAAUGAGCGAUUUGUGCAAGACGACUUAGAACAGUGGGAUGUUGUAAACACUCCGGUUCUUCCUACUGUGAUCUCCCCUUGUUAUUCGGAUUCUUGUUUCUCACAACGAUCUCCGGUUCAAUCCACGCCAAUCUACGGGAACGCCACCCAGCUCUGUCAUGGUGUGCUUAAUCCCGGGCCUGUCUGUUCCGUCAACACCAUUGGUCUAGCUGCAUCUGCUGAAGGGCCAGUUUACUGUGUUCCACCGGCGUUCUCUUCCGGGCAUGCACCCAAUUCUCUGCAGUUCUUUUGUUUCCACCCGCCUUCAGUCUCAUCAUCAGUCAGUAAUUGCCUCACGACAAGUGGUGUCCCGUUAUCUCCCUUUCCAUCAUCUAUCGUUCCUAACGGAACCCAGCCUUCCUACAACAACACAACGCAAACGUCUUCUGGUGGUCUUUUGAUUGUCGGCACCACACAGCAAGUGAAAAAUGCAUUAUCUGCAAUGCACCUGAACCCAAGACUUCCAUCAGACAUUUCGUCGGCUUCAUCCAACCAAACAUUAUCUGGUCGAGCAUCAAUUAACACCUUUGCAAACCAUUUUGCUACUUCCUUUCCACCGGAUGCUCCGCUCCGUCUGGAUCUUAUUCAACCCCACCACCCACCAGAAACUGCUCCACCACAAGCUUCACUUGAUCAGACUACAACUAGAUGAUAUGCAACUGCUACAAAUGAAACGGAUACUUUACCUCCUUUAAACCGGAUCUGUGAUCCACAAGGUAGAGACUUCCUAUGAUCACCUCACGUUGGGUUGAGUUUAGUCACUUUACGCGACGGUUAUUUAGAUAACUGCACAUAACUAUACAUAUAACUUUCUAUUGUUCUUGCGAUUGCGACUGUUAUUCAUAGCUCCAACCGGUGCAUCCCGCGGGCUGUAUUUGCCGUGCUUCCACAGGUGCCUUAUUGACCAACACAUACUUUGUUUGGGCUUUGUUUCUUUGGCCAAAUACUUUCUUCUGCUGAUUUUUUGCCCCUUCCCCUGGGGGCUUGUUUUGUUUUCGUACGCACAGUGGUUUAUUUUUUAUCAGGCUAAUAGUCAUGCAAGAUUCCCCACUGUUUUUUUAUCGUCAUCGAUUCAGUAUUCGUUCUGUCUAUUAUUACACCUAUCACUCAGUAUUAAUUUCUAUUCCCGUAUAUUUCACUAACGGCAGCUACAUGGUUCAUUCUAUUACAUCAUUUUUUACCUGCUAUCGGUCAACAAUCAGUCGUUUUUUUGUCGAUGAAUUUUUUUAAUUUCUUCUUUUACAAUUGUCUGCUACCGAUUCAGUGCGGUUUAGCGAACACAUUCGAUCGGUUGUACAAAACCGUUCGCCUUAUCUUGUUAUCCGGCGUUAUUUAAGAGUACAGGUCUUUGGCUUCUAUGAGUUACUUCUGGUUUUGCAUGUUUGGGAUAGUCUCUAUUUUUCCCGUUGCUGCAGAUCUUGUUUGAGAUUUUUUGGUGACCGCGG